GAACUGGAAAACCGGGAGACAGGAAGCCAUCUUUUGAGAGAGGUUAAAAAGCUGGAUCAUGAAGAAACCGGUACCACAGAAAGGUCAUUUUAGUUGGGAGAAGUACCUGAAAGAGACUGGAGCAGUCGCUGCUCCCGCUCAGUACUUUAAACAGAGCACUGAACCUCCGGAGAAUGAGUUUAAGGCUGGCAUGAAGCUGGAAGCUCAGGAUCCCAGAAACACUACGUCCACCUGCAUCGCUACAGUGGUGGGCCUGACGGGCUCUCGCCUCCGCCUGCGACUAGAUGGAAGCGACAACAAGAAUGAUUUCUGGCGCCUGGUAGACUCAGCAGAAAUCCAGCCUAUUGGGAAUUGUGAGAAGAAUGGAGGCAUGCUGCAGCCGCCACUAGGUGAGGAAAACAGCACAUUAAUCAGCAGCUAAUUAGAACAUCGGGUCAACGUGUGUUUUGUUCAAAUGCUUAGCAUGCCAGGUCGUAGAAUCUCAUCUUUUAUUUCUGUUCACAGUGCAUUUAAGGGAUAGUACACUCCAAAACGAAAAUUAGCUGUUAAUUUAUUCACCCUCAGGCCAUCCAAGAUGUAGGUGACCUUUUUUUGUUUAGUAGAACAAUACAACAAAAGAGUUUUAGCUAAAACAGGGGUCUUUGGUGAUUCAGAAAAUGCAAGUCACACAAGUCAAAAAACAUAUACAGGCAAAACAAUCUAUAGCUGGGGUAAAUGGUCGGACAACAUUCUAGAUCCUGAGCGUCCUGCUGUGAUUUAUAAUGAUUUAUAUUAAACAUCGGGAAGAUUUAAAAGUCAGUCUUCCUGAAUGAGAUUGUAUACGCAAACGUAAUUUUAGUUUUUAUAUAUGUUGCAGCAUCCAGUAUAAACACAAGUACCAUUUGCAUGAACAAUGCAGCAUAUGUGUCCUUCCUCUUCCCUGUAAACAAACAGCUUGAGGUCAUAGUCAUUUUAAACCUGUGCAUUUGUCAUUAUAUGCUGUUGGAAGCUUGCAGUCCAGUCUGUUUAGGACCAUUUGCUAAGGCUCUGGAUUAACAGUGCUGUAAAUUGUCCAGGAUAUAGCCACUGGUAUUUACAGUGGCAAUCAAAAUAGAGGGAAUGACCUUUUGAAAGUAACUUAACAUUGAAGCUUUCUGGGCAGAGCUUCAGACGACCCAAAUUCAAGUCCCUGGCUCUGAAACCUUUCCCGUAAUGACUCUCUCCCUCUCUCCCUCCCUCCCCCUCUCUCUCUCAUUUUAAUUAAUUUCAAUUCAUUACAAAUGUAUUGUCAAAGCAUUUACAUUAAAUUAAAAAAGAACAUACAUACAGUAUAUAUUAAAAAACAUAGUAAACGAUAAAUAGUGGUAGUAGUAGAAAAAAAUAGUAAUAAAAAAUAAAUGGAAAAUAAAAGUACAAAAUAAUUUUUUAAUAAACUUUACAUUUAACAAUCACCAUUUUAUAAUAAAAUUGUAAUAAUAAAUAAUAAUAAUCAGAAUAUUUACAAUGAUUCAUUCAUAAUCUAAAUGUGUUAUUCAUUUAAAAACCCUUUAAUUAUUUUUCAAUUAAUUAAAUAUUUG